AUGUGGAGCAGUCCACAGCCGGGCCCUCAAGGCCGCGCCCUGGAGGUGUCUGACGAGAAGUUCUGGCAGGCGAGAGGAAACCCCAGAGGGAAGGAGGAUGGGGGUGACCGCUAUUCCUCCUCAGUGGGGCUUCCUGAGACCCUGGUCUUGAAGCUGGACCCUGCAGAGGCAGCUAUGGACGGCACCAUGGCGGGUUCGGAGGCUGUGCAGAGGGCCACGGCGCUCAUUGAGCAGCGGCUGGGGCAGGAGGAGGAGAACGAGGGACACGAGCAGUCCUCACCCUUCAUUCACCCGACAAAUACAGCCCUGGGGCCCUGGGUGCCUGCAGGGCCGCUGGGUCUGGGCCCUGGGUCCCCACCAGGCGCCGUCUCCGUGCCAGAAGGUCGCGGUGGGGUGCCCUUGGUGUGGUGCGGGGAGAGGUCGCCUGCCUCCCCAGGUCCUGGAGAAAGCGCUCUCCUUGGCUUACAGAAACUCCGCGGAGCCGCACAGUCCAAGCUGCCCAUGAACCUGCUGGUGCUGGAGGACGAGAAGCACCAUGGGGCUCAGAACCUGGCACUCCAGAAGGUGAAGGGCCAAGAACGCGUGCGCAAGACGUCCCUGGACCUGCGGCGCGAGAUCAUCGACGUGGGCGGGAUCCAGAACCUCAUCGAACUGCGGAAAAAACGCAAGCAGAAGAAGCGGGAAGCCCUGGCCGCCUCCCAGGAGCCCCCUCCGGAGCCCGAGGAGAUCACCGGCCCUGUGGAUGAAGAGACCUUCCUGAAAGCUGCGGUGGAGGGGAAAAUGAAGGUCAUCGAGAAGUUCCUGGCCGAUGGAGGCUCAGCCGACACCUGCGACGAGUUCCGCCGGACAGCACUGCACCGAGCCUCUCUGGAGGGCCACUUGGAGAUCCUAGAGAAGCUUCUGGAGAGUGGGGCCACGGUGGACUUCCAGGAUCGGCUGGACUGCACAGCUAUGCACUGGGCCUGUCGUGGGGGCCACCUGGAGGUGGUGAAACUCUUGCAAAGCCGAGGAGCAGACACCAAUGUGAGGGACAAGCUGCUGAGCACCCCUCUGCAUGUGGCGGUCCGAACAGGGCACGUGGAGAUUGUGGAGCACUUUCUAACCCUGGGCAUGGACAUCAACGCCAGAGACAGAGAAGGGGACAGUGCCCUGCACGAUGCUGUGAGGCUCAACCGCUACAGAAUCAUCAAGCUGCUGCUCCUGCACGGGGCCGACAUGAUGGCCAAGAACCUGGCAGGGAAGACUCCAACGGAUCUGGUGCAGCUAUGGCAGACGGACACACGGCACGCCCUGGAGCACCCUGAGCCGGGGUCAGAGCAGAAUGGGUUGGAGGGGUCUGCCGAGAGUGGGAGAGAGACCCCCCAGCCGGUGCCAGCCCAGUAAACGCCGGCCCCAACCCAGCCAGGCACCCAGCCCCUCCCCACCAGCCCCAGAGCUAACUGAAGAUCCAGCCAUCCCUCUGUAGGAUCCAGGAGC